AUGGAAGGCUCCAAUGGAUUUGGGAUCGACUCCAUCCUCUCUCACAGAGCAGGCAGCCCCGCCCUUCCCAAGGGGGACCCCCUGAUCGGGGACUGCCGCUCACCCCUGGAGCUGAGCCCCCGAUCCGAAGGCAGCAGCGGAUGCUCAUCUCCUGCCUCGCCAAGAAGGGACUGUCUGGAGACAGGAGCACCACGGCCGGGCGGAGGGUCUGGCCAGGGUUUAGAUUCCCACCUGCAGCCCGGGCAGCUGUCAGCUCCGUCCCAAUCCCGCUCGGUGACCUCCUCCUUCUUGAUCAGGGACAUACUUGCCGACUGCAAACCAUUGGCCGCCUGCGCACCCUACUCCAGCAACGGGCAGCCGGCAGCCCAGGAGCCUGGGGGCCGCCUCUCGGCCAAGCCUGGAGAGGACUUUAGAGACAAACUGGACAAAGGCGGCAGCAACUCUUCUUCUGACUCGGAGUAUAAAGUGAAAGAAGAAGGAGACCGAGAAAUCUCCAGCUCCCGGGACAGUCCUCCCGUGCGCCUGAAGAAGCCACGUAAAGCUCGCACUGCCUUUACGGACCAUCAGUUGGCGCAGCUGGAGCGCAGCUUCGAGCGGCAGAAAUACUUGAGCGUGCAGGAUCGCAUGGAGCUGGCCGCUUCGCUCAACCUCACUGACACGCAGGUCAAGACCUGGUACCAGAAUCGCAGAACCAAAUGGAAGCGGCAGACGGCUGUGGGUUUGGAGCUGCUGGCAGAAGCAGGCAAUUACUCAGCGCUGCAACGGAUGUUCCCGUCGCCUUAUUUCUAUCCGCAGAGUCUGGUUUCCAAUCUGGACCCUGGCGCAGCCCUCUAUUUGUACCGGGGCCCCAGCGCUCCUCCACCCGCUCUGCAGAGACCUCUGGUGCCCCGCAUCCUUAUCCACGGACUCCAGGGAGCCAGCGAGCCGCCCCCGCCUCUGCCCCCACUCGCGGGCGUUCUCCCGCGAGCGGCACAGCCCCGGUGA